AUGAGCGAAAUAAGCAAAAGUAUCGAGUGUGAGUCUAAUAUUUUGAUUGUAAAUGAAUUUGACGAAAGUGUAGUGUGUGAGAAUAUACAGCGGGAGAAGAGAUUGCGUGAUAGCAGUGGCGCAAGUAUUGAUGAAGAUGGAUUUACGACCGUAAAGCGGAACCGUCCGAAACGUAUAGCUGUUCGUAAGUCUAGUAGUAGUGAUAACAUGGAUGAAGACGAAAUUUAUAAAGAAAAUCAAGAAAAUGAAAAGAUAGAGGUUAUUAUUACGUCAAAGGAAAUUUUACCUAAACAAAUGGCGUUAGCUAAACUAUUACGUGCAGAAAAUAUAGGAAAUAUCUUGAGUGUCAAAUAUAAAAGUCCUUAUAAGAUUUUAGUUGAGUUUAGUGAUACAAGAAAUGCAGAAAAAUUGCUUACUAAUAAAAAGUUUGCAGAUUCAGAUUAUAGAUGUCAGUUAACACAAGAAAUUCAAUUGUCAUUCGGUGUAGUGAGAAAUAUCGAUAUGGAAGUUCAAGAAAGUGAAAUGAUAGGAAUUUUUGAAAGCGAGUACGAAAUAUUGUCUAUUAAAAGAUUAAGGAGAUUUAAUGAAAAGCGUGAAUGGAUUGAGAGUGAAUCAGUUAGAGUGUGUUUCAAAAGUUCUACCUUACCCUCGUAUAUACUUAUAUACGGGUGCAGAUUUAAGGUGGAAACAUUCACAUUUCCUGUCACGCAGUGUUCUGGGUGCUGGAAUUAUGGACACUCUAGGAAAUUUUGCCCAACUAAAAGAAUUAUUUGCCCAAAAUGCGGAAAGCAACACCCUAAUUGUGAAACAAAAUUAUAUACUUGCAUUAAUUGUAAAGGAAGUCACAUGGCCCUUGACAAGACCUGCCCUGUGUUUUAUAAAGAGAAAGAAAUUCGGAAGAUUAUGUGCGAGGAGAAUUGUAAAUAUCGAAAGGCUUUGUUUGUGUAUCACAAUAAAAGAAAAGUAAGUGAUAGACUUCAGCGUAAAAUGACCGGGGUGACAGUUGAACACCGUGAAAACGAACAUAUUAAGGGCAAUGGCAAUCGAACAUAUAGAGAUGUUUUAGUAUCUGAGACUGAGAUUCAUAAUGAGCACAUGGAAACAUCUUCAAAUAGUGAAAAAGAAGAAGAAAUCAUUGAGACUAUACCAACUGGGUCACAAAAAGUAAAAAAAAGGAAGAAAAAAGGCAAUAAAGUAGAAAGUACUGUUGAUAUGGAGUAUAUUACCGAAAAUAUAGGAAGAGGAGAAUGGCAAGGUAGUAACAAGGAAAAGAAGGAAAAACGUAACAAGUUUGACUUUGCAGGACUCUUAUUAAAAAUCAAAGCAGUGUUCUUUUCGCAAACAGGAAACCUCACCAGAUGUCACAUUUGUCUCGUCGGACAUAGGGAUUAA